CGGUAGGGAGGCGGAAGUGUGGCGAUUCCUUCGGCCGCCGUCUCUGAGCUGACGAAGAGGAGGCUCUCGAAGUGGGAGGGGGGAGGGCCCGGCCGGAAUGGCGGCAGCGGCGGCCGGGACAGGGACGUGGGCGGCCCAGGAGAAGCAGUUCCCGCCGGCGCUGUUGAGCUUCUUCAUCUACAACCCACGCUUCGGGCCGCGCGAGGGAGAGGAAGAAAAUAAAAUUUUGUUUUACCAUCCAAAUGAAGUAGAAAAGAAUGAAAAAAUUAGAAAUGUUGGAUUAUGUGAAGCAAUUGUACAGUUUACAAGGACCUUUAGCCCAUCGAAGCCUGCAAAAUCCUUACAUACACAGAAGAACAGACAAUUCUUCAAUGAACCAGAAGAAAAUUUCUGGAUGGUCAUGGUUGUUCGGAAUCCUAUCAUUGAAAAGCAAACAAAAGAUGGCAAGCCAGUGGUGGAGUACCAAGAGGAGGAGCUGUUGGACAAGGUGUACAGUUCGGUGCUACAGCAGUGCUACAGCAUGUACAAGCUUUUUAAUGGGACGUUUCUGAAAGCCAUGGAAGACGGAGGCGUCAAGCUCCUGAAAGAAAGAUUAGAGAAAUUCUUCCAUCGGUAUUUGCAGACGCUACAUUUGCAGUCAUGUGACCUCCUUGAUAUUUUUGGUGGAAUCAGCUUCUUCCCGUUGGAUAAAAUGACCUACUUGAAGAUCCAGUCCUUUAUUAACAGGAUGGAGGAAAGCCUAAGUGUAGUCAAAUAUACCGCGUUCCUCUACAACGACCAACUCAUCUGGAGUGGACUAGAACAAGAGGACAUGAGAAUUUUGUACAAAUACCUCACCACUUCACUGUUCCCCCGGCACAUCGAACCUGAGUUGGCAGGAAGAGACUCCCCAAUAAGGGCAGAAAUGCCGGGAAAUCUUCAGCACUAUGGAAGAUUUCUAACUGGACCUUUGAACCUUAAUGAUCCAGAAGCAAAGUGCAGAUUCCCUAAAAUUUUUGUAAAUACAGAUGACACUUACGAAGAGCUCCAUUUAAUUGUUUAUAAGGCCAUGAGCGCCGCUGUGUGCUUUAUGAUUGAUGCCUCCACGCAGCUGACGCUGGAUUUUUGCCGAAGACUGGACAGCAUCGUUGGGCCCCAGCUCACCGUGCUGGCGUCGGACAUCUGCGAGCAGUUUAACAUCAACAAGAGGAUCUCUGGGUCUGAAAAAGAACCCCAGUUUAAGUUUAUCUACUUCAACCACAUGAAUUUAGCAGAGAAAAGUACAAUUCACAUGAGGAAAACACCCAGCGUGUCACUUACAUCUGUCCAUCCAGACCUCAUGAAGAUUCUAGGUGACAUCAACAGUGACUUUACCAGAGCAGAUGAAGAUGAAGAGAUCAUCGUGAAAGCCAUGAGUGAUUACUGGGUUGUUGGGAAGAAGUCGGACCAGCGGGAACUGUAUGUGAUUCUCAACCAAAAGAAUGCAAACCUGAUCGAAGUCAACGGCAAGUGCGGCGCGAAGAGGUGAAAAAACUCUGCGCCACACAGUUCAAUAACAUCUUCUUCUUGGAUUGACUCUAAUGACUCACCAAAACAUCUCUCCAAACCUCAACAAACCUUCGGUUUACCAUCACAACUUACUGGUCAUGAUAGUGACUGGAUCAGCGACAAUAGUAAAGCAAUACCUGCUCUGAAAAAAAUCACAUUUCUACUUGACUGAUGAUCCCCUGAGGUUUUUAGGUGUUAAAUAUUUAUGUGGAAUUAAUUGAAGGUAAUCAGCUGAAUAUCAUUCCAUUCUUCUGACAUUAUGUAGAUAUUUUACUGGGAAAUAAGACAAUAAAUUG